AUGGCUAAUUACCAGGGAACGGAGAAUGGUGGUAUGUCGAGGGAUUACUGGAACGAGGCGUACGAAAAUCUCGACGGGGAGGUCAAAGAAAGGUUGGGUGAGCUGAAGAAAUCGUUUGACCAUGACACGAAGAAUGCGAUCAAGAAAUUGGAGAACAGAAUAUCGACGGCGGCGAGAUAUACGACGCUGACGCAAAUAGCGGAGAAUUUUAUUCACCUUAGCAUCACGUCAAAGGGGAGACUGCAGGCGCUUGCUCACGCGUCUCGUAGAGGGCUGGACGACCAGACCUUUGCUGAACUAUCGACUAUCCACGCGCAAAGCAAUACCGAAAAGAAUACACGAAGAAGGGAAAAAGCCGGAAAAGCUAAAGUCGACCUGUUUUCCCUUUGCUUCAUGCGCCAGGACCUCGCUGAGGAAAAGAAAUGGAAAUUCCAAUUCUUGAACGAAGCAUGCUCCGUCAAAGAACUAUGGACCUUUGCUCUCGACAAACUAGGCCGACUCAGCAAGGUUGCAAGGGUUGGAGAACCGCGCGAUGAGAGUGCGGGCAAGGCUUGGCCAUUCGUGGUCGCGCUCGAGUUUGCGAUCCAAGGGGAAAACGAAAUCGGCUCGAUCUUGAUUGGCAUCGAAAAGGUAGCUAGCGCGAUGCUGCGCUGCACGGCAUACGACAGCCUGCUUCGCGAACUUGUGGGCAUAUGUGGCACCGGGGACGCCAAGAACCUUGCCAAAGCCAUUGAAUCGUGCCUCCUUUCUACCUAUACACGCAUCUUGAAAUUCUUCCACGAGCCGGCCCUGGCUCUCAGCAAAAGUCGGCCUGGGUUGUAUGGGUAUACUCUCUGGAGUCUCGGGGACAUUAUCGCGUUGGAGAACGACCUUUUUCUAUAUGAGCAAGCCUUCUUCCAACGUGUGACCACGAGUUCAGUCUUCAGUCAGCGCAAUGUCAUCUCACGAGUUACGAGUCUUCUAAGCGACGUAUUUGGCGACGACUGGAGCUGGGUCCAGGGAGCCGACGUCAUGGUAAAGCUUCUUGGGGACAUGAUACGAGAUAAUAAGACGCUAGAGGGGAGCACAUACUCUCCGCCAAGCGGGAGGAAAUUCUCGACGAGUUGGACACUCAAAACUCAACAGUACGCGCGCUGGGAGGUAGCCAAAGCCCCCAGCCUUCUUUGGGUGAAGGGAAUCGCUGGAGCAGGGAAAACCAUCCUCGUGUCACGCAUCAUUGAUCACCAUAUUGCCCUCCGGAAAAAGGAUCCUUUGGUCAACGACUUCCAGCUGGCCUACUUCUACUGCAAACGGGACGCCAAGGAGAGGAGAUUCAGCCAAGCCAUCUUUCGCAGCUACAUUCGCCAGCUAUCUGCUAGACAUCAUCCUCUACCCGAAGCUCUGCGUCGAGCUUUUGCCGACAACCGCAAGCGAAAUUCGCCUUCCUCUGAGCUGACCUUUGAGCAGUAUCGCCAAGUUCUUCUGGAACUACUUCGACUGAGCAAAGCGGGGACGAUACUCGUCCUAGAUGCUUUGGAUGAAUGUAUCGGCCAUGAGCAGCAGGCGGUGGACAGUAGUGCGGAGCUGCAACAGGUGCUCCGGAUGUUUAAAGACCUUCUGAACUCAGGUCUUCCGGUACGGAUCAUCGUUUCCACCCGGUACACUUUCGAAAUCAAGACGGGACUAUGGAACCGGCAGCAGAUCGAGGUAACCUCGGACAAAAGCCACCAAGAUAUACUCCGAAUGGUAAAAGGAGCCAUCAAAGUCUACAACGCCAAGGCGAAAAAGAGGACGGCGAGGGGGCAACCGAGGGACAGCAUAUUGCCUGAUUGUGAGAAAAGGAUGUUGCAGGUUUUCGAUAAGAGGAGCCAAGGAAACUUCCAAUGGGCCGCGAUGCAUAUCAAGUAUCUAGUUGACGGCAUGCUCCAGGGCAGGUUCCGUGGUGUGGGCCCUAUGGAGGCGGAGCUGGGAACAUUGCCGCAAGACUUGGUCGAAGCGUACCACGGCGUUUGUGAACGGAUCAUUAUGCAAUCGGCCAAGGCACGGGACGACGCUUGUCGAGUUAUCCGUUGGCUUCUUGCACUGGGCGGCUCUUGCCCCGUGAGGGUUAUACUUGCGGCAGUUUGUCAAACUCUGGAGGGAACCGACGCCAAUCCCGUUAAGAAAAGGGAACGCUAUAUCCUCACUGUCUGCCAGAACCUGGUCAAAGUCGACGGAGACGUCUUGCGCUUCUCUCACUCGUCUGCGCAAGAAUACUGCGAAACGUAUCAGACUUAUCUGCCGAUUCAACGGCAAAAGCGUGCGGUUGAAAAUGUCCGGGAGAAGAGUGAUGAAUUGAUUGAAGAACUAUGGCAGUUUGCCAUCAGCAACUGGUACCGUCACUUCCAAUGGAUCACCAACGCGGAGGAAAAGACAAGCGUUGCAAACGUUGUCUUGGCGGCGCUGGCGAGCAACGCCCCGUGUACCGGUGCGGCAAAACUCUGGCUGUGCCGACAAGCUCAGUUAGCCGCCCGCAGCAGUCUUCGCUCCAACCGCGGCCCUGAAGUCAUACUGAGCCUGGAAUGCUGGCAGCCCGAGAGAAACGUCUUUUUCGGAUUGGAUAUCGUCCAAUCCGAACAAGACUCAAGGUCGGUCGCCAAGUAUCCGCCGGGGCAGUUCUGCGAUCACUCCAAAGUCCAGUAUCACCACUUGGUUCCGCUCUUCGCGCCAACCGAGUUAGCUAGAGCCACGUGGGUGGCGGCUACGAUGCCAACAAAGGAACCACUGCAGAUGCUUAUCAGCCAUGGGGCAAACGUGAAUAUCAACACGCCACUGGGGACGCCAUUAAUCCUCGCAACCAUGGAAGGCAGAGUCGAGAACAUGCGCCUCUUGAUUCAACACGGAGCCAACGUGAACACGGUGUGCAGGAAGUCGAAAUACGGAAACGCUCUGAUAUCGAGCUGCGCGCAAGGCAAUUUUGAGGCCAUGAAGCUUUUGCUGAGUGUCAAGGACAUAAUGGUCAACACGGUCGUCAAAACCAGCAAAUACUCGACUGCCCUACUCGCCGCAAUACGGAUGAAAAACAUACGAACCACAAGCUUACUGCUUGAGCAUGUGUCGGUCGACAUUUCAGUGGUUAAAAUGGCCCGUAGGGAAUGGGAAAGAUCCAUUACCAGCCAAACAACUGGUGAUCGAGAGAAUAUUGGAGGUUUAUGCCAGUCUCUGGUCGGGCUUCUCAUUCUCGAGCUUGUCCAUGAGAGACAUAUUUACGAAACCCACACAGCUUCCUCUCCAAGCGGUCAAAGCGGCGCUGUUGAGCCAGCCGCCGCCGAUGAUACAAACGAGGAACCAGAAUUGGGCAAUGACGCCGACUCUGACGGCUACGGAAGCGACACGAAUUCCACAGUCUACACCUGGGGGAGUGAGGGUAGUCAGGAUGGCAAAAGUGAAGGUUGGCAGAGUAAUGAAGAUAGCGACGAUUCCCAGGCCAGUGAUGUCCUCGACGACAUAGAUGGUCAAACGGAGAUGGAUUUCUCUGGGGCCAGUGACACUGCUGAGAUCGCCGUUGAAGUGGAGGUGGAGGAAGAAGAAACGUCCCAUUUCUAUGAAUCAGAAUCAGUGGAGGACUGGGAUCGCGUCGCAGAAACAGGUACCAUGUGCCUCCAGAAGCUGGGAAUAGCGAUGCAAACGUGCACGGUCGAAACGCGCUGGGAGUUGACCCGCGCGUUCGGGUUCAGCGACUACAGCGCGUGGACGGAUCUUUUAGUUCUCGCCGAGGAGGUGGAGAUCGAGGGCGCCUCAGACAGUCGCAUCGCCGACCUCGCAGAUGCAAACGUGGAGAUUGGCUCAUCGUCAGAGGAGGAAGAGGAGGGAGUUGAUGAGGAGCCAUAUAUGACAGCGCCGGAAGAUGAGGAACCAUCAGGAGAGGGGAUCGGGGAUUGGGUGGGGGCCAUAUCUACCAGAGCCGGAGCCGGAGAGCAAGAGGAGGAGGAACCACCGGAAGAAGCAGGUCAAGGAUUCGACGGAGAGCCAUAUAUACCGGAGCCGGAGCCGGAGGAAUGGGUAGACGAGGAGCAAGAGGUUAACGAUGGGCCUUAUCUAUCAGAGCAAGAGAAGGAUGAAUCAGAAGAAGAAGAAGGCCGGGGAUUUGACGAGGAGCCAUAUCUACCAGAGCCGGAGCCGGAGGAAUGGGUGGACGAGGAGCAAGACGUUAACGAGGAGCCUUAUCUAUCAGAGCAUGAGAAGGAUGAAUCGCCGGAAGAAGAAGACCAGGGGCUCGACGAGGAGCCUUAUCUACCAGACCCAAAGACAGAGGAGUGGCUGGGAGAGGAAAGUCACGAAUUUGAUGAGGAUUCUUACCUACCCGAGUUGCAAGGGGAAGAAUCGUCGGGAGACGAAGAUGAGGAAUCUGAUGACGAAUCGUCAGAAGAAGAAGACCAGGAAUAUUCUGGGGAACUUUAUCAACCAGAGUCAGGGGCGGAACAAUGGCCGGGAGAAGGAGGUCAGGAAUACGAUGGGCAGUCUUAUCAAUCAGAGCCGGAGGCAGAUGAGUCGUCGGGAGAAGAAGAUGAGGAAUCGGAUGAGGAAUCGUCGGAAGACGAAGGACAGCAAUAUUAUGGACAGUCUUACCAGCCGGAACCGGGAGUAGAGCAAUGGUCGGAAGCAGCGGACCAGCAAUAUUACGGACAGUCUUACCAGCAACAGCCGGAGGCGGAGGUCUCGUCUGAAGAGGAAGACGGGGAUUCUGAUGAGGAUUCGUCGGAGGAUGAAGGACAGCAAUAUUACGGAGAGCCUUACCAGCCAGAGCCGGAGGCGGAGCAAUGGUCGAGAGGAGGAGGCCAGGAAUAUUAUGGACAGUCUUAUCAACCAGAGAUGGGGGAGGAGGAAUCGGAGGAGGAUGAAGGACAGCAAUAUUAUGGAGAGUCUUACCAACCAGAGAUGGAGGAGGAGGAGGAAUCAGAAGAGGAAGGAUUGUGGUAG